CAACAGGAUUGAUUGGGAUGUGGCCACCAAUGCGUGAGCUGGGGCUGUAAUCGUAACUUCGUAAAUGUCAUUAAUCUUAUUUAAUUCCUUUUGCGCUGCACCUCUUUGAUGCUGAGUUUCUGGACGCAUUGGAGCUUCUCAAUCCUUCUAUACUAAGAAGAAAAAGAAAAUCACAGUCUCCACUCAUUUUCUGUGUAUAUUCAUUAAUCUUUCUUCUAAAAAGUUUUUGAAAUUAAAGCAGUUGGAGGAUUGGGUAUGGCGGGGAGGCUUAUGCAUGCGCUUCAGUACGAGAGCUAUGGUGGUGGAGCUGCUGGCUUAAAGCAUGUUGAAGUUCCUGUUCCAACUCCGAGUAAAGGUGAAGUCUUGCUAAAGUUAGAGGCCACAAGCAUAAAUCCAGUUGAUUGGAAAAUCCAGAGUGGCAUUUUACGUCCUCUUCUUCCUCCGAAAUUUCCUUUUAUACCUACUACUGAUGUAGCGGGAGAGGUGGUUGAGGUUGGACCUGGAAUAAAAAACUUCAAACCUGGUGACAAAGUUGUUGCUAUGCUGAAUUCUCUUACAGGAGGUGGCUUUGCGGAGUAUGGUGUGGCUAAGGAAAGUUUGACAGUUCCAAGACCUCCUGAAGUAUUGGCUGCUGAAGGGGCAGGUCUCCCUGUUGCUGGUCUUACGGCUCACAUGGCUCUCACCCAAACUAUUGGGCUUAAGCUCGAUGGAAGUGGGCCCCAGAAGAACAUUCUUGUAACUGCGGCCUCUGGUGGUGUUGGUCUAUAUGCUGUUCAACUCGCAAAGCUGGGAAAUGCACACGUAACAGCUACCUGUGGUGCCCGCAAUGUAGAUUUAGUGAAAAGCCUGGGAGCAGAUGAGGUUCUCGACUAUAAAACCCCAGAAGGAGCAGCUCUUGAGAGCCCAUCAGGCAGGAAAUAUGAUGCAGUGCUUCACUGCGCAGCGGCCUUUCCGUGGUCCAUUUUUGAGCCAAACCUGAGCGAAAAUGGGAAGGUAAUCGAUAUCACUCCAGGACCUAGAGCUUUCUGGACUUUUGCUAUGAAGAAACUCACCUUCUCUAAAAAACAACUGGUGCCGUUACUUCUCAUUCCCAAAGGUGAGAACCUGCAAUAUCUUGUUCAGUUAGUGAAAGAAGGGAAGCUCAAGACAAUCAUCGACUCUAAGUUUCCGCUGAGCAAAGCCGAAGAUGCUUGGGCUAAGAGCAUCGAUGGCCAUGCGACUGGGAAGAUCAUCGUGGAGCCAUAAAUAGAAAUCCCUUAAUAUCAUUGUCAUAAUAAGAAAAAGGAUUCUUGGCUUUAAGUAUGUAUAGAAUAUCGCUUGACAUGGAUGAUCCAUUUAUUCAUGUUUAUUUAUGGUUACUUUAUGUGGGAUAAUGGGGUGAUAGGACAGAACACAAUAGUCUGUCCAUGACAUUCAGACGCCUCUCGUUACAUGUGUAGAUCGUAUAUUGGCGUGGUCGGAAAUUUGACCUCGACGUGAGCUAUAAGUUAUGUA